GGAGGGAAAAGAAACCCCCAUGGCCCACAUCUCUUUCAUCUACCAGCCCUCAGCUACCAGCUCUCUUCCUUCUUCUUCUUCUACUCGCCGGCGUUCCUUACUCCCAACCAACGAUCGACGGCAGUAAACUCUUAAAUUUCUUCCUUUUAUUGUUGGCUUUUGUAUUUUCAUCUCUUCUGUUCUUCUCUCCUCCCUUUCCCAUCGUGAAUUAGCCAUCCGAAAUCCCUAUUUUCAUUGUAUCUACUGGUUAUCAUAGAGUUAUGUAAUUCCAAAGAGAGAGCAAAAAUGUUACACGAACUUCUACUUUCUCUACUGGGUUACACCGGCGAUUUGAUAAUCGAUGAAAGAGAGCAUUACAAUUCCCUAGGGUUAAAUCACUUACCUCUUGAUGCCCCCAUUUCUGGCGAACCCACGUUCACCCUUGCCCCUGAUAUCUCCUUCCUUGAACCGAGCGAAAGGGAUCUAAUUCAGAGGAUCAUUGUGUUAGGAUUUUACUAUAGAGAGCUUGAUCGCUUUGCUACUAAGUCUAGGAAUUUGAGUUGGAUUCGUUCUGGUAAUGGGUCUUCUUUAGCCAAUUCGACGGAGUCGUCUAAAGAUAAAAUUGAAAACCCAAGUGUUUAUAGGAGGGCCAUAGCUAAUGGCAUUGUGGAGAUACUGUCUAUUUAUAGAUCUGCUGUUCUUCAUGUGGAGCAGAAACUGUUGUCCGAAACGGUGCCAAUUUUGGCAAUAGUCACCCAGGGCCUUGAUAAGUUCUAUGUUCUUUUUCCGCCUUUACAUCAACUCAUUCUUGAGAUUGAGCAUGACGAUAUUCGAGGUGGCCAACUACUCAAUCUUCUACACAAACGUUGUCACUGUGGUGUGCCUGAAUUGCAAACUUGCAUUCAAAGGCUCCUUUGGCAUGGUCAUCAGGUAAUGUACAAUCAACUAGCAUCGUGGAUGGUUUAUGGGAUUCUUCAAGAUAAGCAUGGAGAAUUUUUCAUCAGAAGGCAAGAUGACAGGGAGACUAAUCAAGGCUCAUCUGUACAAGAUGUGUCAGAGAAGUUGGGACGCUUAUCAACUGAUGAAUCUUUGACUGAUUGGCACUUGGGAUUUCACAUUUGCCUGGAUAUGCUUCCUGAUUAUAUCCAUAUGCGGGUUGCAGAAUCAAUUCUUUUUGCUGGUAAAGCCAUUAGAGUUCUUCGGAACCCAAGCAAUGCCUUCUGGUGUCAGGGUGCUGGAAACCAAUCACAUUCACAUAUGCCUAGAUUACCUCUGAAUAUUAAAGGAAAUACAAGAAACUUUCCCCUUCAAAAGGAACCUUUUGUUGCCACAAAGUUGACUGGAGAAGAAUUGCUUCUGCAAUCUGAAGCAGAUAAGAUAGAAGCCAUGCUUUUAGAUCUCAAGGAAUCAUCUGAGUUUCGCAAGAGAUCAUUUGAGUCCGCAGUUGAUUCAAUUAGGGCUAUUGCGGCUAGUCAUCUUUGGCAGCUUGUAGUUGUGCGUGCUGACCUCAAUGGACACCUCAAGGCCCUAAAAGACUAUUUCCUUUUAGCGAAAGGUGAUUUCUUCCAGUGUUUUCUUGAGGAAAGUCGUCAUUUGAUGCGUCUACCCCCUCGCCAAUCAACUGCUGAAGCUGAUCUUAUGAUUCCAUUUCAGUUGGCUGCAACAAAGACUACAAGUGAAGAGGACAGAUACUUUUCCAGAGUAUCAUUGCGGAUGCCAUCUUUCGGAGUCAAGGUCAAGUCUGCCCAAGGAGACCCGAAGGAAAAACCUUUCAUUGAUGGAAAUCCCGGUGGUGCUCUAUCAAACUUACCUCUAGAUAUGUCUCUUGAUGGUUGGGAUGGUGUUGCUCUUGAAUACUAUAUUGAUUGGCCUCUGCAGUUAUUCUUUACCCAAGAAGUGCUCUCUAAGUAUUGUAGGGUCUUCCAAUAUUUAUUGCGGCUAAAACGAACACAAAUGGAAUUGGAGAAAUCAUGGGCGUCCCUCAUGCACCAAGAUCACGCUGAUUUUGCAAACAAUCGCAAUGCUCAAUUUGAUGGUUCAAUAUCUCCACAGCAAAGACAACGUUUUAGACGGAUGUGGCGUGUAAGAGAACACAUGGCAUUCUUGAUUAGAAAUCUUCAGUUUUAUAUUCAGGUUGAUGUGAUUGAAUCUCAAUGGAAUAUUUUGCAAGAUCAUAUCCAAGAUUCUCAUGAUUUUACCGAGCUCGUGGGGUUUCAUCAGGAGUACUUGUCCGCUUUAAUUUCACAGUCAUUCUUGGAUAUCGGUUCUGUUUCAAGGAUACUAGAUGGCAUAAUGAAGCUUUGUUUGCAGUUUUGUUGGAGUCUAGAAAAUCAAGACGGUAGUUCAGACCCUUCUGAACUGGAACACUUAACUGAGGAAUUCAACAAGAAAUCCAACUCCUUAUACACGAUUCUGCGAAGUAGCAGGCUGGUUGGGAGUCAGAGGGCUCCGUUCUUGAGACGUUUCUUGAUGCGUUUGAAUUUUAAUUCCUUCUUUGAGGCCACUGCUCGAGGAGUGCUCAACGUCGUUAGACCACGUCCAGCAGCACUUCCAGUACUAAAUCAACAAUAGCACCGCUCAUGUUAGUGGUUCUUAUUGAAUUUAGAUGCCCUCAUUUGUGUUAAUUUGUAGUGUUAAAUCAAAUAUAAAUUUGGACAAAAGUAGAUAGGAGCAAAGAGCUUUCUACCUUGGAUGGUAACUUUGAUUAAUCAGAUAUUUCUGGUUGAACCAUCAUGGAUAUGGAGUUUAGGAUUGGCAGUGUCUCUUUACAUGAAUGUUUAUUAACCAAAUUGGAGAUAGGGUGAAGAGUUUCAAUAGCUAAUUUAUAGAGAAUGAGUUAAACUUCAAUCUUUUAGUAGAUAAAACUUAUUUUAUUUAA